AUGCUCACUGAGCGCUCCACCGUACCUUGCUCAGCAUGCUCUUUCAGUCCUGAACGACAGAGGUGCUGCAACUACGAGAGUCAAGUCAAGAUCUUCUACGAAGCUGGCGAUCGCGGCGUUUGGGCCUUGGGCUCCGACCUUAUCCUCAAGGACCGUGGCCCUAGUUGUCCGACCGAUGAAAACGCAAACAUUCGCUUCGUGAAGAAGAACACCACCAUUCCUGUUCCUACUGUGAUCGCGCAUCACCAGGAAAGUGACGGUCACGCUUUGACUGUCAUGAAUCGCGUUCCUGGAGAAAGCCUCAGUGAGGCUUGGUCUAAGCUAACCGACAACCAGAAAGAGAACAUAGCGAAGCAGACUGCCAAGUAUCUCCUCCAGCUCCGCUCCCUCCAAUCUGAUCGUGUCGAAGGAGUAGACGGCCGCCCUGUCUACGAUGGCUGGUUGUACAAGGAAAAGGGUCGCCAUAAUGCUCCAUGUCCUCCUAUGAUGUCUGAUGACGAAGUGUGGAAUGGGUUGGCGGUACAUCUGGAUCCAGCCGUCCCCGAGUCAGCCCGCCGCCAGCUUCGACGCUACAUGCCACCCACUCAACCUUUUACCUUCACCCACAAUGAUCUCACCCACGUCAACAUCAUGGUGCAGAGUGGUGAGGUGGUGGCAAUUCUUGAUUGGGAGAGAGCCGGUUUCUUUCCUGUUUGGUGGGAGUAUGUUUGUACAAUGGCAACUCAUGCAGGGAAAGAAGACUUUGAAUGGAACAAGCUACUGCGCAAGCACAUGCCCGAGAUGGACGAUGCUCAUGACUUUUUCCUGUACUACUAUCAUCUGUGCAUCGACUUGGAGAGUGAUGCAGCAAAGACGUUCAUUGCCAUGUCCGAAGAGUACGAUUCUGAGAAAGAUGAGUCCGAGGAGGAUGAGUCCAAAGAGAUUGGGUCGUGA